AUGAAGACAUUUAUUGCACUCAACUGUAAUCCAUUGCAGUGUGAGUUGGGAAAGAAACUGCCAAACAGUCUUGGGUACGAGGCUAACCAAGGAAGCAAAGCCUUACAGAAUCUAGCGGAACCAAAACACGUUGUAUUGGGAAGUCCGCCUCAUGAGGUUUCUUAUAUAUUUCAAUUCAUCUCAAGGCAGAUACAGGCAUUCACCAAAUAUCAUGCGGCUGCGUCACCUGUAGCUUGUGAACUGGAUGAUCUCAUACUGUCUGGAGAUCCUGAUGUUGGCAAACCAAGGUUGUACAUGUCAAAUGGCUUACUUUAUGUCAGCUUCUGCAUCUACACAAGUACAUCUAUCAACAUAACAGACGUUGUACUGACACACUGGAUACCUGACAGACAAUGCUGUUCCGACUUUCUUUGUACCAGUAAUCAUUUACCUAAGAAUGAUGUUUCAGUAAUUCCAUCAGGAAAGUCUUUGGUAGACUGGCAUGUUAAUAAUAGUGGCUGUGUGGGUAAUGGUAAUUGUGAUUGUAGAUUAAAGAAAAAGUCAACUAUUCAGUUUGAGAUUGGUUUUGAUAUCAAUAAUGUCCCUUUAUACAGCGACACUGUUAAUCUACCUGUUUCACCUGACAAUUCAAGUAUUCCAAGUUGGAAGAUUGCAGUACCUGUUUCAACGUUGUUUCUUCUAAUUGUAUUUGUGGUGGGAGCUUGUGUCUCUAUACAUCGAAAGCGGUCCAACAGACGUAAUAGGCUACCAAAUCUUUCAAUAUCAAGAUGCGAGAUUGAGUCAUGUCAACCAACCAUUUUUGGUAUUUGCAGAAGACCAGAUUGCGAUUGCGAAUGGCUUACUUCUGCUAGACAACCUCGUGUUUUGUUUGUAUAUUCGACUGUCAACAAAGAUCAUGCACAGAUGUGUCGCGCCAUGUUCAUUGCAGUCAGAGAAAAGAGUGGUGGAAUUAAUGCAACUUCUCACGAAUUUGAAGAGAAUGCAGUGGCAAGGGGUAUCUCACAAUGGGCAAGUACGCACAUUAAACAUGCAGACUAUAUUAUCUACAUAUGCAGUAAAGAGCUGUAUGAAAUUUUCAACAAUCAACCCAACGAUCUUGCGGGUGAUCAUCACUCUCAAGAGUUACGUACUUUGUGUCACUGUAUUCAAUGUCUAUUGUGGAAUCCAAGAGAGUUUGAGCGUAAAUGCAUACCAGUUAUGUUUCAAAUGAAUGAUAAAGUUGAUUAUUCGCCUCAUAUUAUGCGCGUUAUGAAAUUCUACCACUGGCCAAAAGACAAAGAACAACUUAUCAAACGAAUCAGCAGAGUCUACCCAAAUGAACUCUUGGACACUUGCAGUGUUGACACUGCUGAUGAAUUUGCCGUGUAACGAUUAUGUUUAAUUAAAGCAUGCACACCAUACCCUUGCAGUUGGACUGCUUUUAAAAUAGUCUCCACUAAAAGGUCACUUUUUCAAUUGCGAUAGCAAUCAUGUUAUGAUAUACUGUAUGUAUGCUGUGAUAUUUGUGGAAUUUUAUUUGUGUGCUCCGUGA